AUGGUCGAAGCGGAAAGAUUACAGUAUCACAGGUUCCACCAAAGCAAGUUUCGUUCACAUCAACUGCAAGGCCUUCACGAGUGUCUAAUACAGGGUGAAACACAAGCUGCAAGAACUGGAAAACGAGUUAUCUUGCCGUCUUCCUUUGUUGGUGGUCCCCGAUACAUGUACAACAAUUGCAAAGAUGCAUUUGCUAUUUGCAGGUAUGCCGGAUACCCUAGCUAUUUCAUUACUAUCACAUGUAACCCAGAAUGGACCGAGAUUAAAGAGUGCGUUGCGGCAUAUUCAUUAAAGCCAAGUGAUAGGCCAGAUAUCAUAUCAAGGGUUUUCAAGAUCAAGUUAGAUGUGUUGCUCAAAGACUUAAAGGAUGGGUCCAUAUUCAGAAAGCCUAAAGGAAUUGUGUACACAGUUGAAUUCCAAAAGCGUGGUCUGCCCCAUUGUCAUAUUUUAUUGUUUGUUCAACCAGCCGAGAAGCCUCGAUCAUCUGAGGAUAUUGACCAUCAUAUAUCGGCUGAGAUCCCCGACGAACAUACACAACCUAAGCUGUACAGCUUAGUACAGAAAUUCAUGAUUCACGGACCAUGUGGGGUUUUGAACAUGAGUAGCCCGUGUAUGGUUAAUGGGAGGUGUUCCAAGUUUUAUCCAGUGUCUUUCCGUGAAAAAACAUCCAUAGACAGUGCAGGUUUUCCCAAGUAUAAACGGUCGGAUAAUGGUCGUUCAACAACCAAGAGGAAUGUUAAUCUCGACAAUAGGUUUGUUGUCCCAUACAAUGCAACAUUAUUCCUUAAGUAUGGCUGCCACAUAAAUGUUGAGUAUACUUGCCAGACGUCUGCAAUUAAGUAUUUGUUCAAGUAUGUCCACAAAGGUAAUGAUCGUGUCACAGCUUCGUUCUUUCGAUCACAUGAUUCAGCUGGUUCUGAUGUCACUGUCGAUGAAAUACAUAACUACUAUGACUGUCGGUAUAUAUCUGCAUGUGAGGCAUCCUGGCGGCUAUUCGGCUUUGAGAUUCAGUACAAAGAGCCUAAUGUCAUCCGCCUACCUUUCCAUCUUCCAAAUGAACAAAAUGUUCUGUACGAAGAUCACCAGCUUAUUGAGAAUGUUAUCGACGUUGCGGUCUCAAAGGACAGUAUGUUUAUUGGUUGGUUUAAGGCUAACAAGAAUUUUGAUCUGGCCCGUACGCUUACGUACGCGGAGAUGCCGUCACUUUUUGUUUGGGACAAGCAGGGGUAUAUGUGGAGGCCAUGGAAGCAAGGGAACGUGAUAGGUCGACUCACACAUAUUCCUCACUCGCAUGGAGAGGAGUACUUCCUUCGUUUGUUAUUGAAUUAUCAAAAAGGGUGCCAGACAUUUGCUGAUGUCCGUACCGUUGGUGGAAUUGUGUACGAUACAUUCAAAGAGGCCUGUUAUGCCCUAGGUUUAUUGCAGGAUGAUAAAGAAUUUAUUGAUGCACUUAAUGAAGCCAGUGCAUGGGCAUCGCCGAAUUAUAUCAGGAGGUUGUUUGCAAUGCUUUUGAUGUCGAACAACAUUGUGCGUCCUGACAUGGUGUGGGAGAAAUGUUGGCAACAUUGUGUGGACAACUCGCUUCUUUCUGGAAGACAUAACUUAGGUAAACGUUCCGUAUUGCUUUUACUAUCUGGUUUCCAGCGUUCUGUUCGUGAGAUUAAGUCCAUGACGCUUGCCAAAAUUGAGAUACUCUUGCAGCCAAAUGGUCGGAGCCUGAAUGAAUUUCCUGACAUGCCGUUUCCUGAUUCUACUGGUUUACCUGAACCUUUUGACACAAUUUUUUUCGACGAGCUUAAUUUCGACAGGACAGAAUUGGCAAGUAUCGCCGUGGAUUUGAUUUCCCGGUUGAAUCGGGACCAGCGUGUAGUGUUUGACACAAUAACAACUGCAGUUCGUCAUGACAUUGGUGGUUUCUUCUUUGUCUGUGGUUAUGGUGGAACUGGUAAGACCUUUCUAUGGAAUGCACUGUCUGCUUCGAUAAGGUCUAAGGGUGAUAUUGUCCUCAAUGUUGCAUCUAGUGGCAUUGCAGCUCUGUUGUUGCCUAAUGGACGAACUGCUCAUUCACGCUUUAAGGUUCCGCUCAGUGUUAACCAGGACUCUAUUUGUAAUAUCAGGCAAGGCACACCCCUCGCGCGUCUUAUUUCAUCUGCAAAAUUAGUUAUAUGGGACGAGGCACCUAUGUUAAAUAAAUUUUGCUUCGAAGUGCUGGACAAAUGCCUUAAGGAUGUUCUUCGAUUUGAUCGUGGAUAUAAUCCUCAUGCUCUAUUUGGUGGGAAAAUUGUUGUUCUAGGAGGUGAUUUCCGUCAAAUUUUGCCUGUGAUUCCUCGUGGUUCCCGGGAAGAGAUCGUUCAUUCAUGUAUUAAUGCUUCAAACCUGUGA